AACCUCUCAAAAGAAAAACGUGUGCGCUGUUCUCAAAAAAGAAAAAAAAAACAAUUUGUGCGCAGGAAGCAAAAGCUGAGUAUCCAUGCCAACCCAGCUCCGGCUUCUCCGGCGAGGCUACCAAGCCGCCGCCGCCGCCGCCGCGGCGGCGUCCAAGGCAGGGCCGAAGAGGAAGGUUCUUGAGGGGACCCCGGCGGCGCUCGGCUUCCGGAUGCCGGCCGAGUGGGAGCCGCACGACCAAUGCUGGAUUGGGUGGCCGGAUGCUCAAGGAUUCUGGAGAGAUGCGGCUGCCCCCGCUCAAAAAGCCUUUACAAACGUUGUAGAUGCAAUCUCAAGGUUUGAGCCAGUCACUGUAUGCUGUAACGCUGGCCAGUACGCGAGGGUAGCCCAUUUGAUGGAACAUAUAUCCAAUGUUAGAGUGGUAGAGAUGAGCACCUAUAGUGUUUGGCUGCGCGAUUUGGGCCCCAGUUUUGUUGUGCGUGAAGGCGACACGAAAUCGAGGAGAGAAAUUGCAGGGGUUGAUUGGCAGUACAAUGCAUAUGGAGGUUAUAAGGAUUUAUUUGGGCUAGGAGAUCAUCAGCUCAAUAUGAGAAAAGGACGUGAAGAACAUAUAACUGAAGACAACCUUGUUGCCAGGAAGGUUCUGGAAUUGGAGAGGAUCCCUAGGUUUGAAACCAACUUUGUUCUUGAAGGUGGAAGCAUUCAUGUCGACGGAGAAGGAACCUGUAUCACCACUGAGGAGUGUUUAUGCCAUGAGAACAGAAAUCCCCACAUGAGUAAGGAUGAGAUAGAGAACCGGCUGAAGACUCAUCUUGGUGUGUCGAAGGUCAUAUGGCUACCCAAAGGGCUUUACGGGGAUGAAAUGAUCAAUGGGCAUGUUGACAACAUAUGCUGCUUUGCUGGACCAUCCACUGUUCUCUUAUCAUGGGUCGACGACAAAUCUGAUCCUCAGUAUGAACAUUCUGCUGCCGCAUUCAACGUUCUGUCCAAUAGCACUGAUGCCAAGGGCCGGAAGUUAGAUAUUAUCAAGAUUCAUGUCCCUGGACCACUGUACAUGACAGAAGAAGAAGCACAACCAUGUCUAGGCUUGGUGGCAGUUGGGCAGCAGAGGUUAGCUGGAUCGUAUGUGAAUUUCUACAUAGCCAAUGGUGGGGUUGUAGCACCAGCCUUUGGUGACAGGUGGGAUGAAGAAGCACGCAAAGUUUUGGAGAAAGUGUUUCCCAAACACGAGGUAGUGAUGGUGGAAGGGGGGAGGGAGAUUGUCCUCGGCGGAGGAAACAUUCAUUGCGUGACGCAGCAGCAACCUGCCGUUUGCCCUCAUCCCUCUGAUGCAGACACCAUGUAGGGUCAGGGCUGAGGGAAGGGGCGAGAAGCUGGCACGAUGAUGGACAGGAAAAAGAAAAGGGAAGUGGGAAAUACCAGCAUAUACGGUGGUACUGUUGCUGAUAGACAGUUCAUGCCUGAAGUGUCUCGUGGUCUCAGGGCAACUCUAACCGAUCCCCUAAAAACCUAAAAAUAAAGGAGGAUCCUGUGGAGUAAACCCUUAGUGAAGUACUUUUACCCCUCUAAGUUUUGGCUGGACCUAGCCGACCCGCUAUAUAAAUCGGAGUAAAUUGUUUUAUUAUUAUUUGUAUUUCAUUUUUAGCCAUCGAAAUAAAUUUCGUUGCUUCUUUA